ACAGUUCUGUGUCUCUCUCAGCCUCCCUCUCCGUCGCUCAAAACAACUAGAUGUUCCGGCGAAUUUCUCCACUGGUCGCUUCUGCCCAUCCUCCACCUCCGUCGAACUGAUUCAGCGCAACCGGAUCCACAUGAUCCCAAGCCAAACAAAAAGAUAACUGUCCUCCGCUUGCGUCAUAAACCUCGUCGGAUUGGAUUCCUCGCCAUUCAUUUCAAGGCUGUUUUGGGUACUGCUGUUGAGCCAUAUGGUCACCCCAACAGGCAACAGGUAUACAUAGAAGUGGGGAAUGAGACUCUGUAGGUGUGCUGCGACAAGUUCAUUGCUCUUCGGGUCGUCCAACGGAGAAGGCAGAGACUGAGGAAGACGACAGCGAGGGAGGGCAACUUUCUUGUGAUUUGGCGGCGGUCGAGAAGUUCAACGGAGACGGAGGGGCGGUCAGAACAGGGUCCUUUCUUGCAAGUGGUUCUGUUUGACAGAAGAAAUAUAGGAGUAUAAUAAAGGAAUUUAGAGGAGGCGAAUGGAAAGUUGAGACUGGGUCGUCGACGGAAAAGUUCAUUAGAAAUUACUUUUGACCGAUGGUGGAGAGCGCAAGGAAGAUGACAGAUUGCUUCUUCUGGUUACGAUUUUUGUUUUUUUAUUUAUGGAGAAAUACAAAUUAAGUAAA